AUGUCAUGGAUUGAGGAAGCUAAUGAGAAGGUAAAGUUGGUUCACCAGAGGAUCCAGGCUGCCCAGAGCCGUCAAAAGAGCUAUGCCGAUAAUCGGAGAAAGGAUUUAGAAUUCGUGGUUGGAGAUCUAGUGUUCCUCAAGAUCACACCAUUGAAAGCAAGUUUGCUGUCUGGAAAGGGAAAGAAAUUACAACCAAGGUUUGUAGGAUCUUACAAGGUUAUUCAGCGUGUAGGAAAUGUAGCAUACAAAUUGGAAUUGCCGCUGAGUUUAUCUGGAAUCUAUAAUGUAUUCCAUGUGUCGAUGCUUAAGAAGUACCACCCUGACCCUUCACAUGUCUUACAACCAGAGAGCACCCAAGAGAAACUUCAAGAGGAUCCCAUGGUGGACGCUUAA